AUGAAAAGGUAUCAAUUGAUAGGCAGAAGAGGUACACCUUUUGUCAAGAGGAGAGCUCCGGAAUACCCAACAGCCCAUUUGUAUUCACUACCCACCGAGAUAUUGCUUCGGAUCUUUCAAUAUUUUUCCAAUGACCCCCAAACAUUGAUAAUACUCUCGCUGGUCUGCGUGAAGUUUCUGAACAUUAUCAACAAAUGCUUUUUGUAUAAAUCAAUUGAGUUUAAAACACCUAUAUCUUUUUUCCGAUUUGCAAACCUGCAUUUGAGUAGCGAACCGAGCAAUAAGAUCAAUUUUGUUCAAAAUGUCACAUUCGUUAACCCACAAUCACAAAAGUCAUCAAAACACAAGAUUACCAUUGCCGGCAGCUAUGCCGUAGAGAGUGAAUCAGGCUUGACCAGUGAUCUUACCUACACAGACUUUAUAAAAGCAUUGGGCACCUUGUGUACACGUACUUAUGGAUUGCAAACCUUACAGUUUCUGGAGAUUUCACCAGAGUUUGCAUUCCCCACGGAAUUUAAAGCUUCAAGCUCAAACAUAUUCAAGAGGAAAAUUGUAAAAACGAAAAGGAGGCUUCCAAAGUUGAUACUAAAAUCGCAAACAGGAUGGUCGAUCCCGCUUCGGGAUACUCACUUAUCCUUAGUGUGUGAGUACUUUGAUGUUAUUGAUGAGUUGGAACUAGUCAAUUUUAUUCUAGAUGCACCGAUAUACCUGUCCAUCUUGAUCAAGAGGAUUACAUUUACAUCUUGUUCGUAUGCUUCUAAAAAAGGGAAUAAAUCUCCAUGUCGGGCAUUCAAGGAUGUGCAAACUUUACAAUUACUGCGAAUAACCAACUCUAGUGAGUUGUCACUAAUCGAUUUAGUGAAAAUUGACAAUCACAAGCUCAACACUUUGGUGCUAGACUUGUCCUCAACCCUUUUCUACGAAAGGGGUGAGUUUAAUUUUACAAAAUUUAAUCCAUUUUUCAAACUACUAUGCUCAGGAGAAGGAGGGUAUGCUCGACUAAAGACAUUGGUUCUUGUGAAUUUCGAUUUAUUUUCGUACUUACAGCACGAUGAUGUACAUAUCCGAGAUGUGGAUUCGUGGGUGGAACCACCAACAAAUAACUUUGAAACUUUUAUGGCAUAUAUAUCACAUGUGCCCGAGCUAAUUUUGCAAUUAAAGAAAACAGCAAUCAAGGUGAAAACGUGCAAAAGAUGCGGUUUUACUGAGCAAUAUCAAGAUAGACAAAUUGAACACUUGACUCGUGACGAGUGGAAACACUUUUUGAAACCUUUGGAUUUGCAGGAAAAUAAAUUUCGAAUUCAGCUGCACAACAAUGAGAUUUUAUAUUCAGUUUCAAAGUAUGUAUAA